AGAAAUUGAAACUUCGCCACCAAUCGAUUAUCUAAGAUUCUUAUAACCUGUACGUACAAAUACGAAUCACACUCCCUAUCAAUGGUUUUCAACUGCCUCUGAUCAUUGUUUUGGUCAACUCCUAAAAUGGAAAACAUGACAAAUGAGUAAAAGAAUGCCUUCCAGAAUACAAAAAAAAAAAAAAAAAAAAAAAAAAAAAAAACAAAACAUUUCAUCGUCCCUUCUUCUUGUCUGGUUUGGUCCCUAUAAUCCAGGUGAGUUUGUAAGUGCUCGAGGCUCCAUGGCUGAUCAGAGAUGGGUUUAGUCUAAUCCCACCCCACCAGAGAUGGGUUUAGUCUAACCCCACCCCACCUUACGUAGAACAAAGAAGAGUCGACAAGUGCGCGGUAUUUGUUUCGGGCGUACAGGAAAACUUCUUUCUUCUUUCUCGAUCAGCCAGCCUGGCCUCCCCGGUUUUCCUGUAUGCCAAAUGACGCGCACUCUGAUCCUUCAUUAUUUCUCCAUAGCCAUGAGCCCCAUUACCCAUAUUUCUCUAUUUAUCUUUUGGAUAUCCUUCAUCUUGAAUGCCCUCAAUGCAUGGAGCAACGAUUUACAGCCACUGGUUCUGAGCACUGGGUCGGUUAAUGGCGGCAUAGACAUAUAUGGGCGGAAAUGGGGACCAGAUGAAAAGUACCUUGAUACAAAAGAUUCCAUUACUACUAAAUCCACAUACCAAGACCCAUCACUUGUCUCUGAUAUUCCGUACAUGACAGGCAGAAUUUUCACUUCCGAGGCCUCGUAUAAGUUCCCAGUAAAAUCUGAUAAGCGUUAUUGGCUUAGGUUCCAUUUUUAUCCUUCCGGCGCCGACAACAACUUUAAUCCGGCAGACUCCUAUUUCUCAGUGGAUGCAAAUGGUCUCACACUUUUGAAGAAUUUCAGUGUCUCAAUUACAUGUGAAGCCCUUUCACAAGCUUACCUUGUUAGAGAAUAUUCCCUGGCGCCAUUGAAUUCGGAGACUUUGACAGUCGUCUUUAAGCCUUCUGAUAAGCAUGCUGGGGCUUUUGCUUUUGUCAAUGGCAUCGAGGUGAUUCCAAUGCCAGACUUGUUUGACUCAGCAAUAUUGGUGGAGUCCUCCGACCAGUUGGACAUAAAGAGCUUGACUUCACAGACAAUGUAUAGGUUGAAUGUUGGUGGGCAGUAUAUUCCUCCAACCAAUGACUCUGCUCUCACUCGUGAUUGGUAUGACGACUUGCCUUACGUAACGGGUGCUUCAUUGGGAACCACCAAUUAUGCUAGCAAAAAUGUUAAGAUCCAGUACCAAGAUAUGCCUGAAUAUGUGGCUCCUGCUGAGGUUUACAGCUCAUCAAGAUCAAUGGGCGUAAGUAAGAGUGUCACUCAGGCUUUCAACCUAACGUGGGAGUUCCAGGUUGAUUCAAAUUUCACAUAUCUUUUGAGGCUACAUUUUUGUGACUAUCAUUAUAGCAAACCCAAUCAGCUGGUGUUCUCUAUCUUCAUCAACAAUCAAACAGCAGAGCCCACAGCAGAUGUGAUUGGAUGGACUGGGGGAAAAGCAGUGCCAACCUACAAAGAUUACGUGACAUAUGUCAAGGAUGGGUCGGGAGAUCAAAAGCUUUUGCUGGCAAUGCACCCCUCAGACGCUACAAAGCCAGAGUUCUUAGAUGCAUUACUUAAUGGCGUGGAGAUAUUCAAGUUAAGUGACACGGCUGGAAACUUGGCAGGCUCCAACCCUCAGCCUUCACCUAUGCUUAUCAAGGCUGAGGAGGAGGCAAAGUCUUUUGAGAAACCAAAAGAUAGCAAUGUUAAGGUGCUUAGCGGAGCUGCUGGAGGAGCUACAGCCUUUGGCAUUGUGGCUGCAAUUUGUAUCGCUUUCAACCAACGAAGGAAGCGAAUCCCUGGAACAGAAUCACAAACUUCUAGCUGGCUACCAAUCUACGGAAACUCUCACACGACCGGCACCAAAUCAAGCAUCUCGGGGAAGAGUACGGCUAGCAGUCACCUUUCUGCAGCAGCUCAAAGUCUAUGCCGAGACUUCUCAUUGAUAGAGAUAAAACAAGCUACCAAGAGUUUUGAUGAGUCUAAUGUAAUUGGGGUUGGAGGCUUUGGAAAGGUUUACAAGGGAGUUAUUGAUAAAGUGACCAAAGUGGCAAUCAAGAGGUCAAACCCAUCUUCUGAACAAGGAGUUAAUGAGUUCUUGACAGAAAUUGAGAUGCUUUCUAAGCUGAGACACAAGCAUUUGGUAUCUCUGAUUGGAUUCUGUGAGGAAGAUAAUGAGAUGUGUUUGGUUUAUGACUACAUGGCACGUGGGACUCUGAGGGAGCAUAUCAUCAAGACCAAACAACCUCUCUCAUGGAAGCAAAGGUUGGAGAUUUGCAUUGGAGCUGCAAGAGGACUUCACUACCUUCACACAGGUGCACGAUACACCAUCAUUCAUAGAGAUGUCAAAACAACUAACAUUCUUUUGGAUGAGAAUUGGGUUGCCAAGGUUUCAGACUUUGGGCUCUCCAAAACAGGUCCAAAUAUGAACAAUGGCCAUGUUAGUACAGUCGUAAAGGGUAGCUUUGGUUAUCUGGAUCCUGAAUAUUUCAGGAGGCAACAGUUGACAGAGAAAUCCGAUAUCUACUCAUUUGGGGUUGUCCUUUUUGAGGUCUUGUGUGCGAGACCUGCUCUCAAUGCUAGCCUUCCAAGGGAACAAGUUAGUCUUGCAGAUUGGGCCUUGCACUGCAAACGAAAAGGAACUCUCGAGGAUAUUAUUGAUCCUCAUAUAAAGCAAAAGAUCAACCCAGAAUGCUUGAAGAAGUUUGCGGAUACUGCUGAAAAGUGUUUGGCAGAUGCUGGAUUCGAACGCCCCUCCAUGGGUGAUGUGUUGUGGAACCUUGAGUUUUCUCUCCAAUUGCAGGAAAACAAGGAGGGUUCAAGCCAUUCUACGGAAAAGGACACUUCUGAUGAAAUCCUAAGAAAUCGUAACUUGGCAAUGCAUUAUAGUAAUCUAGGCAUUGGAAGUGAGCAUGGAUCAGUAAGUGACGAAUCCACGGAAACCAACGCUAUCUUCUCACAGAUUGCCAAUCCCAAAGGGCGAUGAGAUGAGACGGAU